CGAGAGCGUGUUGAGGACGAUGUUGCUCGUUGCGCGUGAGGGUCGACGACGACGACGUUUCGUAGCACGGUGGAACCCGUCGACGAUGUGUUGUCCACGUAGCGCCGCGAGAAGCUUCGUGUUCGCGUAACGCGAGUCCAAAAAAGCGGAACGAGAUCGAAGUGAAAAAGAUAUUACGGUGUGCACCAUCCCCCUGACACAAAGUCCAUGCGCUCUUCGUAGCCAUGGCUUCGGUGAAGGUAGCUGUGAGAGUUCGUCCCUUUAACAAAAGGGAGCUGGCGAUGAAUGCAAAGAUGAUCGUGCAAAUGGAUGGCAAGAAAACACGAAUUUUCAACACUAAGACACCAGGUAGUUGCAGAGAAAUCGACAGAGAGAAAUACAAAGACUUCACGUUCGAUCACUCUUAUUGGUCCUUCGACACGAACGACGAUAACUAUGCGUCCCAAGAAGAGGUUUUCUACGAUCUUGGUACGGACGUAAUAGAAAGUGCCUUCGAGGGCUACAAUGCCUGCGUCUUUGCCUACGGCCAGACAGGGUCCGGAAAGACCUUUACCAUGAUGGGCACGCCGGAGGCCCAGGGAUUGAUACCAAGAAUUUGUAAGACGCUGUUCGCCAGAAUGGCAGCAGGUAAAGAAAGCGGAGCGUCUUAUAGAACUGAGGUAUCCUUCCUGGAGAUACACAAUGAGAGAGUGAGGGACCUGCUGCGACUGGACCAGUCACAGUCUCAUUCUCUCAGAGUACGGGAGCAUCCUAAAAGAGGGCCUUAUGUCCAAGACCUGUCGAGCCACCUCGUGUACGAUUAUUCAGACAUCCAGACGUUUUUAAAUAAAGAGUUAAUGGUGAGAGGUAAUACGCACAGAACUACGGCGAGCACAAAUAUGAACGACGUGAGCAGUAGGAGUCACGCGAUUUUUACCAUUACGUUUGUGCAAGCUGGACUUUCUGAAGGCAAUAUGCCAUCGGAGACCGUUUCCAAGGUGCAUCUUGUCGACUUGGCCGGAAGCGAACGUGCGAAUGCAACGGGCGCGACAGGCCAACGACUGAAAGAGGGUGCGCACAUCAAUAAGUCACUGGUGACUUUAGGUUCUGUGAUAUCGGCGCUCGCGGAACUGAGUUCCACGGGUGACGCGUCUUCUUCCUCUAAACGUAGCGUCUUCAUACCUUACCGAGACAGUGUGCUGACGUGGUUGCUAAAAGACUCGCUCGGUGGUAAUUCUAAGACGAUUAUGAUCGCUGCUAUUAGUCCGGCUGAUUGUAAUUACGGCGAGACUCUCAGUACGCUCAGGUAUGCUAACCGAGCGAAAAAUAUCAUUAAUAAGCCAACUAUCAAUGAGGAUCCAAACGUGAAAUUGAUCAGGGAACUCAGGGAAGAAAUACAAAAGUUGAAAUCUCUGAUUGGAAAGGAUAUGAGUGUUGAAAGACCACCGCAGGUAUUGUUAGCUCAGAUCCAUGAGAAACAAGAGCAGGAGAAAGUGUUGACGGAAGAAUGGACUGAAAAGUGGCGAGAAACGCAACAAAUCCUCCAAGAACAGAAAGCGUUAGGUCUCCGGAAAAGUGGUGUUGGCGUAGUCCUAGAUUCAGAAAUGCCACAUUUAGUAGGAAUUGACGAUGAUCUUCUUAGUACUGGAGUUACGCUCUACCACCUGAAAGAGGGUAGAACGUUAGUGGGAACAGAAGAAGCACCGACCACGCAGGAUAUCGUAUUAACUGGUGCUGACGUCGAGCCAGAACACUGUGUGGUAGAGUUAGAUAGCGGCGUGGCGACCCUUCAUCCCCUUUCUCCCCACUGCUGGAUCAACACUGCCCAAGUGGAUAAGCCGACACGGCUGUCGCAAGGCUGUAUUAUACUUCUUGGCAGGAACAAUAUGUUCCGAUAUAACGAUCCAGCUGAAGCGGCGAAACUAAGAAAGGAAGGUGGAACGGGUAACGGUAACUUACAAUCCACGGUCGUCAAUCUUUCAAGAUUGUCUCUCUUGAGUUGGAGUGUCUCGGAUUUGCAUGCUUCGUCCUCUAGCGAUAACCUUUUAAAUUCGAGCGAAGAUCUCCGUGCGCUUGAAGAGCUGGAACAGCAGAAGGCUGCUCUUAUCAAGGAAAAGGAAGACUUCAAGAGAGAACAGGAGGAACGAGAAGAGAGGUGGGCCGCGAGAAGAGAGCGACGUCACCUCCUGGAGCAAGAGCGACGGGACGAAAUGACGCAAGUAGAAAAUUUAUGUAGGGAAGUUGCCUCUCUUCGCACAACAUUGCAGUCCAAGCAUCGUCAGUUUCAAGAGUUCAUGAGCAAUCACGAACGCGCUCAAAGAUUCCAUCAAUGGUGGGAGAAGACAGACGAUGGUGCUGGUAGUGACGGCAGUUUGCCAGAAUCAUGGUCGAGCUUGAACGAUGAUAAAUGCGUUGACGCGGUGAGAGAGCUUGUUAAUCAUCACAAAAAGGAAUUGGCUGUUUUGGAAACAGAACUGCAGAACAAGGUGAAAUCCCUCAAUGAGCACCAAAGUAAGGUAGACAAGAUGGAAGAAGAGUUGAUGGAGAUAGCUAAAAAACAAAAGCACAUAUUAAACUUAGAAUUGGAGGGAGAAGGAGGUACAGAGAAGAAGUUGCUUCUCGCUAAACGAAGCCAAGAGCAGCUGCAAGAGAUCUUGAAGAGAAAACAGAGUCUAACGUUGAACCUGAAACGUGCGUUACCCGCUUCUUCAGUUGAUCGUUCCCCGAACAAUGACGAGGUCCUUUCGAAUGGAGACGCGCCGUCGUUCCAGGAUGCUUGUAAUAGGAAGCUUCAAAUAGCUUCUGCGUUGAAUCUACUGCCACAAAAUAUCCCCAGUUCCGUAGAUACAGAGGAUACCUUUCACACGGCUGCGGAUGAUUGGCCUGAACCUCGCUGUCCCUUCGAAGAUUCACAAACGAAAGAAUCAAAGAUCUCACAUGAAGAUGAGCAAAAGGAACCAGUGGACACGCAGAAGAAAGCAUCUUCAGAAGUUCACUUAGAACACGACAGGGCGAAACUGUGCGAAAUAGAAGGCAGAAGUUCGUUGAAUCUCAAUAGAAAAUCAUCGCCUAUAGAGAUGGUCAUAAAAUCGGAGAAGUGCAAUGGCAGUGCUAACGGUGAGAAAACGGAUUCGAAGUCUCUAACGAAUUCUAUCACCGAGGAGGAUAUUCCUGAAGACUCGCUGGAGUCACCGGUGCAACAGAAUCCAGCGAUGAAACGAUUGAACCAAAGAAUCGCUCGUCAACGAAUGAUGGUAAUGAGGUGCCUGGAAGCAAAUACGCCAUCUAAAGAAGAUCUGAAUAAACAAAUUGUGAUCCUACAGGAUUUACAGAAGCAACAGAUUGAGUUAGAAGUUGCGUUGCUGGAGGAUGAACGGAAGAGUCUAAAACAACAGUCUGAGUCACAGUGCAGCAAUGAUAGAUUGUCAGUCAGUGACGAUAAUGAACUUGUACAAACUGUAGAAACAAAAUCGUGCCGUGAUCUAGAGUCCACGGCAAAUUCGGCCACGCUGUUGACCAUAUCCACAACGCGAUCUCCAAUUCUCAGGAACAACAGGCCUAAUACCAAUGAGGAAAUUAACCUGUCGGAAUCGCUUGCGCCUCGAAUAUCUUCAUCGGGAAGAGGAUACUCGACUGUGUAUUUAACGAGUCAAAAUCGUGGCGAUCGUUUGAGUAGUCCUUAUUCCUUGACAAUCACAAGGUCCUUGCCGUCUUUGAUUGCAAACGAUGCUGGCUACGAUAGUGUGAUUAACAUGAUCGUUAGUAUACCCUCAUACGUAAUACGCGGAGCUGGCACGUCCAGUCAUUACGAGUACGAGGUACGUGUUGUGGCGCAGGACGAUAGUUGGACGCUUUUACGUAGAUACAGAAGAUUUCGAGAGUUGUAUAUUUCUAUGCGACAAAAGUAUGGUAGCAAGGUAGCAGCAAUACGCUUUCCACCUCGACAAAUUUUCCCAAGGCACGAGGUUGUGGCACGGCAACGUAGAAAACGUUUAGAGGAAUAUUUACGACGGCUGAUUCAAGUCUGUUCAGAAUUGCCGCACUGUGAACCUCUCUACAAGUACAACGGCAAUUUAAGAAACAUAGAUAAGCAAUCGUUGCUGGAAUUUAGUUCGUUCUUCAGACGUGGAACGUUCGAGAGCAGCAAGUACGGAACUAGCUAAGAAAAAAUUAAUGAAAAAGAAAAGAGCAUUAUACGAU